UAUAUGGCUGUGUGGGCGUGGUUUAACUCUCUCUAUUUCCAUAUAUGGCCACGUGGGCGUGGUUUAACCCUCUCUAUUUCCAUAUAUGGCGAUGUGGGCGUGGUUUAACCCUCUCUAUUUCCAUACAUGACCGUGUGGGCGUGUCCUCAGGCCGGCCGAGCGCCGCUUCGCCGUGUUCUCAUUGGCCGUGGGGCCCGAGGGGCGGGAGGUGAUGGGCGGGGCCAACGACGGCUGCGUCUACGUCUACGACCGGGAGGCGCAGCGCCGCGUGCUGCGGGUCCCCGCCCACGAGGAUGACGUCAACGCGCUGGCCCUGGCGGACCCGGGGGGCCAGCUGCUGCUGUCGGGGGGCGACGACGGCCUGGUGCGGGGCUGGGACCGGCGCUGCCUCCCCGAGGGGCCGGCGCUGAGCCUGGCCGGCCACCGCGACGGGCUGACCUUCCUGGACACGCGGCGGGACGGGCGCUACGUGGUCUCCAACUCCAAGGACCAGUCGGCCAAGCUGUGGGACCUGCGGCGGCCGGCGGGGCCCGGGGCGGUGGCGGCGGCGCGGAGAGCGGUGGCGCGGCAGAGCUGGGACUACCGAUGGCAGCGGGCGCCGCCUGUCAAUCAUUUCUCGCAGUUCUUCCGGGUCUGCCCGGUUUUCUCGCUCUUUGAUUGGCUGAUGCGCCUGUCAAUCACUUUGUAUUCGCAUUCCGAUUGGCUGAUCCGCUCUCCCCUAACCCUCAUUCCCAAGAUGGCGGCGUCCGAGGCGGUGGCGCUGCUGGACGCGCUGAAGGCGCAGGCCGACCCCGCCGGCCUCUCCCGGCUGCGCCGCCGGCGCCGCGCCCUCAGCUCGGCCGUGCUGCGGGAGCUGCGCGAGGAGCUGGGGGAGGGGCCCCUGGAGGAGGGGGAGGGGCUGCUCCGGGCCCCCCGACACGAGAUCCACAGGUGA